AUGUUUUCUGCAGCAGUUUGCCAGGACGGAAAGUAUGAGGUUAUCUUCCCUGUAGCUGUUCCAGACGAGGGCACCUUUGACUGGCUGGACGAGUUUUUGGAAAAGAAUCCCCAGUACGUCGAGCUGUCUGACCGUGCCAUUAUCAAAUGGGCAGAGAAGAGCGGCAUCUCCCAUAGCGAGCAGAACUCUUGGAAAAAUUGCAAUGACAAACCUGAUCCGCAGUGGCUCGCCUGA